AUGACCUCGACGACCACUCUCUUCCAUUGGCGCCGUCUCAUCUCCCUCUCCAUGAUUCCUCCCCCAAAUAUGACCUCGACGACCACUCUCUCUUCUAUUGCUGCCGUCUCAUCCUCCAAUAACCGCCAUCUCAUCUCCCUCUCCCUAUUCCUCCCCCAAAGAUCGCAUUUCUCUUCCUCACAAACUCUUAUCUCACCUUCUCGCCUCUCUGAGAAAGCUUCUUCCAAGGUCAUGAACAUCUCUACAACAACCUACAUCCACCCAGAUCUAUCAUCAGGCUAUUUGAUCCUCCGGCAAGUUCGAGAUCCAAGUUGCAUAACCGGAGCUGGAAGAGAAAUUGAGGUCUAUCAAAGCGUCUUCGUCGUCAUCAUAGCCGGACAGUGCAUCAGCGAGGUGAUGGACGAUGCUGAUGCGGCGGCGUUGCAAGGUUUAGUUGUGCAUGGGAGAUGUAACGUCGGUGGGAGUGGGAGGUUUCAGCGGCGAAUUUCGACCAAGACGUGUGAGGACACAAUUUUUUAUUUUUAUUUUCUUUAA